UUAGAAAUCCUCUUACGUAACGCAGCCGCCUCUACAUGUUCUUUUGUAUGCAACAAUUCACAAACAUAACAUAAAACGCCUCUUCGAUCGGUGACCUGAAACCCCUCAACAUCUUUCCUUUUUUGCACCAAACUAUCCUCUGGUUAUUUGUUCCGCCAUGUCUUCUAUGCUGAGCUCUCAAGGUUUUGUCCUGGCAACUGCCAUGGCCGUCUCCAGCACUCUCGUUUGUCUUGUUUUCUCCAGGCAAAAGACUUUACCACCAACCCAACUUUCCAAUCAGUCUAAAAACCAAAUCCCUCUGCGUUCUUGCUUGUGUUCAGGUGACAAGAAGAGGGAGAGGAAGAAAAAGAGGGUGCAUUUUGCUGAAAAUAUUGACGAGGAGGAGCCAAUUGGGGAUGGAGAGGAGGAAGAACCGAUCGGUAGAAAGCAGAGCAAACUCAAAACAAGUUGCAGAAACGAAAUUCGACGAAGGAUUCCGGAGAAUCGAAUCGCUUUGUACAAUGGAAUUCUCAAGAACCGCAUCCAGAGGAUGGCGUGCUCUCAUUGAUUGCUCUGGAAAUUUCUGGCGCUCUUCGUUUCUUGGCUGAUUAGAACAAACAAAAUGUUGGUUUUUUGUGGUUGUGUUUUUUUCUUUUUUUUUUUCUUCCCAAAAUUGUGGUUGUAAAUACUUUGAAUUUUUCGAUUAGUUAAGAAAAUUUGGGCAA